GGAGUCGUGCUUGCGGGGAGCAGCAGGCGGUGUGACCCCGGCCCGGUGGGAGGAAGGUCUGGUCUGGCCCCGGAGAGGGGGCUCCGGGUGCUGGGGCGAGGCGGCGGCCGGUGCGAGCCUCUCCCCUCCUCUCCCCUCCUCUCCCCUCCUCUCCCCUCCUCUCCCCUCCUCUCCCCUCCUCUCCCCUCCUCUCCCCUGUGUUUCAGGCGGGGCCAUGGUGGAAGCCGACGGCCCCACGCGGCUGCUGGAGGUGUGCGGGCAGCGGCUCUCCCGGUUCCUCUACGAUGCCGAGCACAAGCGCCUAGCGUGGCUGCGGGAGGUGGAGGAGCAGGGCAUGAGGAUGCUGGAUAGCAACUUGGGGGCUGAACCCGGACUGAUGCCCAGAACGCCAUCCCAGAGGAGACGUUCCAGGAAAAGGCAGUCCUCCUGCCUGAAAGACUACACCAAGGAGCUCGGCAGGAGGAGAUUGUCCAGAAGGAGAAGCAGCAUCAAGCUCGUGUCUUCCAAGCCAGGCUCCCAAGGGCACCAGAGCAAGGAGCAGCCCCUGGAUCCCAGCUGUGGUGUGGUGGAGCCCCAGGGCAAUGCUGCAGCCGAGCUCCCAGCACUGACUGGGGAAGGGGCAGCAGAAGCACCAGGUCCCAGCAGAACCCAGGCGGGUUACCCACAGCGCUGCCCUGGGGGUGCCUGUGAGGCCACCGCCCGGGAGCAGUCCCCCCAGGGGGAUGCAGCCACUGAGUGGCAGGAUGAGGCCCCUGUCACCGGGGUCCCUGCUGGCCCCACAGCGAGGAGGGGGCAGGCAGCCCCUGGCAGAAGAACAAGCACCUCCACUCCCAAGGCUGCCAGAGCCGGGGACCCUGCCGUGCUCCAGGGAGACGGGGCUGCUCCAGACCUCGGAGAGCUGCUUCUCCAGGGCUCCGACAGCCAAGUGACCACGGUGGGACCCAGAGCACGGCGCUGCUCCGGGCGCCGGAGCUCGCUGAGUGCCCCCCAUGCCAGCCGUGGGGCAUCCCUGGCCAAGCAGUGCUCCCUGGCCAGCAGAAGGGAGAGCAUGAUCCGCAGGUCCAUCAGCAGGGCCAUGGCCAGGAAGGCGGCGGCGCGAGAAUCCUCCUCUGCCUCCAGCAGAGUGAGCUGUCAGAGCUCCCUGGAGGUGUUUGUGGAAGAGGAUGUGGCCGGCACGAGACCUGGGCUGGAGCUGGACCCCCAAAGUGAAAGGGCUCCUGAGGACACCCUCCCUUCAAGCAAAAGCACACAGGCUGCCAGCUCUCCUGCACAGCACUCAUCUCCUCCCGAGCAGCAGGCAGGGAAUGAUGGAGGAACCCCGGUAAAUCCCAACAGUGAACCCCAGAACAAGGACCAGGAGCGACCCCCCUGCGCCAGCCCCCAGGAGGAUCCCCCAUGCAUCCGGACAAGAAGCCGCAAGCAAGCGAUGGGUGGUGCGUGGAACGGGCAGCGGCCGGGGGCUCAGGCCCCCUCCCCUUUGGAUGACCAGCACAGGAGCGCCGCGGACCAGACUCCACCUUCCUCCGGCGCAGCCAGCAAGGUGGUGCGGCCCCUGAGGAGCUUCCUGCAGGCUGUGCAGCGGCACCCGCUGCUCCCCAGCCCGGGGCCCCCCCGCCACGGGGGGGUCAUGAGGAGCCUCAUCCAGCGCAGCACUCCCACCCGGCCCAACCCGAAGGGAGACUUUGUUGAGAAGGAGCGGCAGAGGCUGGAAAGCCUCAGGAAGAAGCAGGAAGCUGAGGAACAGAGGAAGAAGAAAAUGGAGGAGGAGAAGAGGCGGCGGCAGGCAGAAAUGAAGCAGAAGAGGGAAGAGCGCCUGAGGAAGGCGCUGCAGGCUCGGGAGCGGGCAGAGGAGGAGAAGAAAAAGCGGAUGGAGCAGAAGAUCCUGCAGAGCGAUGAGAAGGUGCGGCUCUCCCAAGUGCGGGAGGAGAAGGCAGAGGAGCGGGGCAGGAAGAAGCUGUCCAAGAAGUCUGGGGAAGCUGAUGCACGGAAGCAGAAAGCGCUGAGGGUGGAGGAAAAUGAAUUUGAGCAGCAAGAACCACUGCAGAAAAGGAGAGAGGAUGAAGUGAAGGAAAAAGGAAAGAAAGUCUUGGAACUGAAAAGUCUUUUGGAGCAGCAGCAGGUGGAACAAGGGAAGGAGAGGGAUCACAGACACGGAGCUAAGGAGAAGCCUCCCCAUCCACAGCUGGAGGCAGCGGCGUUCCCUGAGAAGCACAGAAAGGAGGAAGCUGGGCUGCAGCGCCUGGGAGAGAAGAAAAUUAAGCAGCCAGAAACACCGGCUGCAGCCUCUGGCACAUGGCUGAGCAAAACGCUGAAGAAAUCCAUCUCCACGCCCUACUUGAAGCCCCCAAAGGGCACAAAGCAAAGCAGCACCCCAAAGGUGAGCAAGGACAACUAUGGGAUGGAUCAGAACAGUGAUGAUGCCACAGAUGAUGAGAACGACCCUCGGAAGCCGGUCCCUGCCUGGGCUGACGGCCCUCGGCUCAACCAGGGCAUUGUGCACCAGUACUACCACCCGGUGAACACAGACCAGCUCUUCGGGCUCAUCUCGGGCCUCAGGCUGGAGGAGAUCUUUGGCAAGAGCAAGCCCCGGUACUUCAAGCGCACGAGCUCGGCGGUUUGGCACUCCCCACCCGGCCCCAGGUCUGCCCCUGGCCCCUCCUGCAGCCUCAACAAGUGAGGAGAGGGGCAGGGAUGUGUCUGAUGCCUGUGCGGUGCCUCGGGCUGGGUCUCACCCCCCCACCUGUGAAUAAUUUUAACUCUUUUUGUACAAAGAUUAAAUUAUUGAAUAAAAUCCCAUUGCAGUAAA